UCGGCGCAGGCGUGACCCCGCCGCUCAGCGACGGCGGCCGGGAGGCGGAAGUGGAGGUUGUUGUGGCUCUGAGGUUCGCGCGAGGAGCAGCUACUUUUGCUGCUGCUGCUGCUGCUGCUGCUGCUGCUGCUGCCGCCGAGGAGAAGGCGGCGGCGGCGGCGGCGAAGGCUGUGGCGGCGUUGCCAGCCCCGGGCCGCUUGGCCACUCGGCUCGCCUCUCCGCCUCAUCUGAGCCCGCCGGGGCCCUCGCCGGCCAGCGCCUGCCCUAUGAGUGUGUCACUGGUUGUCAUACGACUGGAACUCGCAGAACACUCGCCCGUCCCCGCCGGCUUCGGCUUCAGCGCCGCGGCUGGGGAAAUGUCUGAUGAGGAGAUCAAAACGAAGACACUAGCUUCAGCUACAGCCUGUCUAGAAGGGAAGUCACCAGGGGAGAAAGCAGCAAUUAUACACCAGCAUCUUGGCCAUCGAGAAAUGACAGAUAUGAUCAUUGAGACUAUGAAGUCCAGCCCAGAUGAGUUGAAAACUACUGUGGAAGAAAGGAAGUCUUCAGAGGCAUCUCUCAUUGCACAGAAAACUAAAGAUCAAAGUAAAGAAUGCUUGAACACUGCUCCUGAUUCUCCAUCCAAACUCCUUCCAGACCAGAUUUCAUUCUUCAGUGGAAAUCCAUCAGUUGAAAUAGUUCAUGGUAUUAUGCACCUAUACAAGACAAAUAAGAUGACCUCCUUAAAAGAAGAUGUGAGGCGCAGUGCCAUGCUGUGUAUUCUCACAGUCCCCGCUACAAUGACCAGCCAUGACCUUAUGAAGUUUGUCGCCCCAUUUAAUGAAGUGAUUGAACAAAUGAAAAUCAUCAGAGACUCUACUCCAAAUCAGUAUAUGGUGCUGAUAAAAUUUAGUGCGCAGGCCGAUGCAGAUAGUUUUUACAUGGCAUGCAAUGGCCGCCAGUUCAACUCAAUAGAAGAUGAUGUUUGCCAGUUGGUCUACGUGGAAAGAGCAGAAGUAUUGAAAUCUGAAGAUGGCGCCAGCCUCCCUGUGAUGGACCUGACUGAGCUCCCCAAGUGCACAGUGUGUCUGGAGCGCAUGGACGAGUCCGUGAAUGGCAUUCUCACCACGUUAUGUAACCACAGCUUCCACAGCCAGUGUCUACAGCGCUGGGACGACACCACGUGUCCUGUUUGCCGAUAUUGUCAAACACCAGAGCCCGUAGAAGAAAACAAGUGUUUCGAAUGUGGUGUUCAGGAAAAUCUUUGGAUUUGUUUAAUAUGCGGCCACAUAGGAUGUGGACGAUACGUAAGCCGACAUGCCUAUAAGCACUUUGAGGAAACUCAGCACACAUAUGCCAUGCAGCUCACCAACCACCGAGUCUGGGACUAUGCUGGAGAUAAUUAUGUCCAUCGACUGGUUGCAAGUAAAACAGAUGGAAAAAUUGUACAGUAUGAAUGUGAAGGCGACACUUGCCAGGAAGAGAAAAUAGAUGCCUUACAGUUAGAGUAUUCAUAUUUACUAACAAGCCAGCUGGAAUCACAACGAAUCUACUGGGAAAACAAGAUAGUGCGGAUAGAGAAGGACACAGCAGAAGAGAUUAACAACAUGAAGACCAAAUUCAAAGAAACAAUUGAGAAGUGUGAUAAUCUGGAGCACAAACUAAAUGAUCUUCUAAAAGAAAAGCAGUCUGUGGAAAGAAAGUGCACUCAGCUAAACACUAAGGUAGCCAAACUCACCACAGAGCUCAAAGAGGAGCAGGAAAUGAACAAGUGUUUGCGAGCCAACCAAGUCCUCCUGCAGAACAAGCUGAAGGAGGAAGAGAGGGUCUUGAAGGAGACCUGCAGCCAGAAGGACCUGCAGAUCACCGAGAUCCAGGAGCAGCUGCGUGAUGUCAUGUUCUACCUGGAAGCGCAGCAGAAGAUCAACCACCUGCCUGCCGAGACCCGGCAGGAAAUCCAGGAGGGACAGAUCAACGUCCCUAUGGCCUCAGCCUCCAGCCCCCCGUCCUCAGGGAGCAGUGGGAAACUGCCUUCCAGGAAGGGCCGCAGCAAGAGGGGCAAGUGACAUUCAGAGAAGCACAUGUCACCAAGAAUGUUUUCCCUGGCACUUCGAGGGUGUGCUGGGGCCUUCAGCUAAAUGUGAGGGUGGACCCUGAAUAAGUACAAGUGAGGAUCAAGCCGCAGUUGUUGGGAUCUUUCAUUUGCUAGCGUGUGCAGUGCUGAAUGCAGAGGGUUGAUGGCCAGGAGCUGAUGGAAACGGACAGUAUUUGUAAGGUGGCUGCUUUUCUCAACUCUAUUAGUUCACUAACCUCACACAUUGCAAUGACCAUUUUGCCUUCCUUCUUGAUAGUUGCCCCAACUCUGCUGUGCAUUUUUUCUGUUGUAUUUAUUGAGUUGAUAUUUUUGACAUUCAAUUGUGGGGACGGUUUAAGACAUUAAGUUUUUUUUUGUUUGUUUGUUUUUGUAACCUCACUGGUAACAUUACCUCACACUAAAGCACCAAACCUCCCAGAGGUCAAAGCAGAGCUGUGUUAAAGAGAAGUUCCCAUUGGCUACUGAAGAUCUGUGUAAAUUCCCUAACACUGGUCUCAUAUCAUUGUCUUCCUUCCCUCCCUCCAGGGAAUUGAAGAAUUGGUUGAAUGUUACAUGAAAAGAGACCAGGCCUGUAAACCAGGUACUGGCCUUUCACCAGCAGCUGUCACUUGCUCUGGGCCUAGCCAGGAAAAACAAACAGCCCAGGGCAGAGUGAGUAGACCAAGUGUAAGAAAAAUGGUGGCAUUUCUGCUUGCUUAUUUUUUAUGACUCCACCCCAAAUGAGAAAGAGGCUUACUUAAUGGCUACUCUCAGGCUCAAAUCUCAGAGUGGAUUUCUGGUAUCUCACAAGAAGAGGGCUGAGCAGGCAGAUAGACCAUCUUAUGUGAAAAUGUAGAGGGAGGCUUCUGACUAGCUGUAUUUUGCUGGGAUCAGUAGUUUCUGAAUGUUUAUAAAAGAUUGGGCUGUAUGUUCAGGCUGCGUUUAGAGGGAGCUUGGGUAGAUUUUCAGUUAUGCUUUCAAGAUAUAACCGAAGGCUGUUUCUAAAUAUGAGAAUCUUAACAGAGAUCCCUUUAAGACAGUCCUGUAAUGCUCAUUGUGGGCCAACAGAGGGGCUGUGUACCUUGUCUAGAAAUGUAAAUGUCCAGUAAUCCGUGAUAUUCAGUAAUUGAGCAAAACUAAAAGAAAACCUGUGUUGGAAUUUUGCUUACAAGAGAGGUAGCUGGGUAGGUUAACAAGACGUACUUGUAAACUGUGUUUCGGGAGUUUGUUGUUGUCGUUGCUAUUUUGUUUUUGUUUCUUCUGCUUUAUAGUUAGCCAAAGUUUUCAAAUGUUCACAUUUCAGAUUGUUUCUGGUUUCAUCCCUAAAGGUCCUACAUGCUCCUUGUUAGCACACCAACUGCCUGGCUAGUCACCAUCCACUUUUCUGGGAUAUGCUGCAUGCAGCAUUUCCCAAAGAACCUUACCUGUAAUUUUGCAAAAAUGAAUGUAUUUGGACAUUCUCAAUUUUCACUUAGGAAAGACCGACUCUGUAAGUCCCUCUUGGACUCAGAAAUGCAGAUCAUAAAGCAGGAGUGGGAAUGUAAAACAUAACCUAAUUCUCUUUCCUAUAGAGACUCUAUUUUAUUUAAAAUCUAUUUUUACACUAGUUAGAAUCUUGCUUUUUUGGCCAAGUACUUGUCUUGCAUGUCUGACCUUGCAGAAGUGGGGGUGGAGGCUGAGAAGUAGUCUGCAGAGCUUUGCCCACUCCUCGUUUCUUCAUCGUCUCCUUCAAGCAGCCCACCACCAGCUGGGAGAAGAGCAGUUUUUACCAGUCGAGGUGGGGUCAGUGUUCCAAAGGCUGUGUUCAGAGAAAUGAGCAAUUAGGCAGAUAUUUCCAAACUACUUCAAGUUAAAAAAUAAAUAAAUAAAUAAAAUCUUACCAAGAUAGGUAAGGAAAAGAAAUUUCAUGGUUAAAAAGUCUCCUUUGAAUUUAAUAAAAUUCGUAAAGUAGAAGCUGUUAGUGUUUACUGCAGGCUGGAAAUGAACCACCUAAUAUAUCCAUACUACCUUGAACAAUGACAUUGUAUUAAAAUAAGCAAACUUUGAAAUUA